AUGGCCGACGAUGGCAUGCUUCUCAACUUCUCCAUACCCGAGAGCGGCAUCAUCGCCAAGCCAAGCAUAAAAGGUGGCUCGUGGAGAAGCCGUCUGACGGCAAAGAAGGCGGCGCAGAACUGGCACACCAAAGCAACCGCCCGACUCAACGGCGAGGUGGUGCCCAAGAAGGUCCAGGAGGGCAAGGCCACACAUGUGAACCGCACAGAGCUGGGGCCCAGGACAAGACGGGUGUCCAAGAGCCCGGAGCCUGCACACAACACCGAACGGCCGGUGAAGAGAGCGCGUGUGAGCGGAGACUUCAGGCCGAGAGACUCGGAGAGGACCGCCCCGACCGACUUCAGGCCCCAGGCAACCACCAGUGCACCCAAGCCAUCCCAGGCGAGGCAGGACGCGCCCAAGAAGGGCAGCAAACAGAUCAUCUCGUCUCUGUUCACCUACAACCCCACCUCCACCACCAAGACGCAGCCCCCCGAGCGAUCCGCCCAAGACGAUGCGCCGCCCGUCGAGCCCUCCAACGCGCCUCUUAGCAGCGAGCUGGACACGUUCACAUCCCUCGGCAUAUCCCCCACACUGGCAGCACACAUGCUGAACAAGAUGGCUAUGAAGGCACCCACUGCCAUCCAGAAAGCUGCCAUUACCCAGCUUGUCAAGGACGACUCGGAUGCUUUCAUACAAGCCGAGACGGGCUCCGGAAAGACGCUGGCCUAUCUGCUGCCCAUCGUGCAGAGACUGAUGGAGCUCUCGGCCAACAUGAAGAAGCGCAAGGAGGCAGCGGACGAGGCCGUGCAGAGGAGCUCGGGCCUGUUCGCCAUCAUCCUGGCCCCGACUCGAGAACUGAGCAAGCAGAUUGCCCUCGUGCUGGAGAAGUUGCUGGGAUGUGCGCAUUGGCUCGUAGCCACCACCGUCAUUGGUGGUGAGAAGAAGAAGAGCGAAAAGGCGCGGUUGCGCAAGGGCAUCAACAUCCUGGUCGCAACUCCCGGACGACUCGUCGAUCAUCUCGAACACACUGAAGUCCUAGAUGUGAGCAACGUCAGGUGGCUUGUGCUGGAUGAGGGCGAUCGGAUGAUGGAACUCGGCUUCGAGCAGGACAUGCAAAAGAUCAUCGGCCAACUCAAUCUGCGAAUGCGAGCACACAAAGAGGGCAGGUCAGCGAUCCCAGGCCUACCAGACAAACGAACCACCGUCCUCUGUUCUGCUACAAUGAAGAUGGACGUGGAAAGACUUGGCCAGAUCAGUUUGAAGGAUGCCGUCCACAUCAAAGCAGAUCCCGCCGACAGAGACGAGAACGCAGUGGAAGAGCGAGACGACCAGGGCUUCUACGCGCCAGCCCAGCUGAAGCAGUCAUACGCCGUUGUAGCUCCCAAGCUCCGAUUGGUGUCUUUGUUGGCUUAUCUCAAGCGCACGUUCGCACGGAAAGGCUCGGUCAUGAAAGCCAUUGUCUUCAUAUCCUGUGCCGAUUCGGUCGACUUUCACUUUGAUCUGCUAGCAAGCAGCCUUGAGGGCGACAAGCCAGACAGCACCAAGAAAGUCGCAGCAGACGAGGAUGACGAUGCAACAGACAAGAAGGAGAGCGAGAAGGAGAAGAAGAAGGCCAUCGCCCAGUCGGAUCCUACAAAACUGGUCGUCACCCACGCCGAAUCUCCUAUCCUCUCUUCCAAGACGCACACAGUCACAGCCUACCGCCUACACGGCUCCCUCCAACAGUCCCUCCGAACAUCCACCCUCGCACACUUCACCAAGAACAACGAGGCAUCCGUCCUCAUUGCCACCGACGUUGCAUCUCGCGGUCUCGAUCUCCCCAACGUCGACCUGGUUGUUGAGUUCGAUCCCGCCUUCGCCCGUUCCGACCAUCUGCAUCGCAUCGGACGAACAGCGCGUGCCGGACGUGAUGGCCGUGCCUGCGUCUUCUUGCAACCAGGCUGCGAAGAAGGCUACGUCGAGAUUCUCAAGUCUGACCGCAAAGACAACGAAGCUGGCGUACACCUCAUUCGACAGGAUGCCGAUGACAUCUUGAACAAAGGACUGGUCACGACCGGUAUCAUUGAGAAAGGCGCGUACAUGGAAAAGGCCACAGACCUACAGCUCGCAGUCGAGCGGUGGGCACUCGCAGACCCCAAGCGCCUCGAAGCAGCACGCCGCGCAUACCAAUCCCACAUCCGCGCCUACGCCACUCACGUAGCAGACGAGCGUGUCUACUUCGACAUCAAGUCCCUGCACCUAGGUCACUUGGCCAAAGCCUUCGCGCUCCGCGAGAGACCAAGUGGCAUGAAGGUGCCCGGUCUGCGCACCGGUGCUGGACGAGAAGACAAGAGGCCUGCCAAGGUUCGCGGCGCACCCAAGGUGGACGGCGCAAGCAGGAAGGCGGAUAAGGUGCAGCCGAAGAAGGGCAUCCAGGAUCUGGAUCUGCCGCUCGGUGCGGACGAGGAAGAGAGUGCCAAGAUGAGGAAGGCAGUCAGGGCAAGGGAGAAGUUCAUGAGACAUGCUGGUAUGGCGUCGGAAUUCAAUCUGGGGUAA